GCGCCAAGCGCAGUUUCAUUUGGACUAGCGCGCUACCCUGACGUUCAAACGUCAAGCGAUUUUGCCGCGCAAAGUGACAGUUCAACUUUUUUUUUCGAAAGACUUUAAAAUUUUCAGCCAGUGUUUUUUAAAAUGGGAAGAUAGAAAAAAAAUUGCGUGAAUUUUUUUUUAAUUUUCUAAGACUGUAAAUUCCGAAUUUGCAUUUUCGAACAAUUUUGCUUUCUUUGGCUGUGUUUUGUUAGUGUUAGAAAGGCUGUCAUGGCAAAUACAAUCCACCUACUAUACCUGUUCGCGGUACUGACGGCAGCAGCUGCGUACCACCGACCCGACCUUCCCCCUGGACCAUACUGUGGCCUGCCAUCAAACAACCAAUGCUGUACGAAUAGAAAGGACGAUUGUUCACAUAGGAUACUUGACACACUAUGUUAUUGCGACGAAUUCUGCAACCGCACCCGGGCCCACGACGACUGCUGUCCAGACUACGAGUCUGUCUGUCUGGGCAUACAGCCGGAACCAGAGUACCUGAUACAGCCCUGCGUGUACAGAAACCGGCAGUACUAUCCGGGAGAUAAACGGACGGAGAACUGUAAUACUUGUGAAUGCAUCAUAACAGACGAAGUGAAACUGACAACAGAAUGGAGAUGCGAUCAGGACGAAUGCCUCAUGAGCCAAGACGUGGUGUAUGGAGUCAACCAGCCUGGCAUGAGCUGGAGGGCGUAUAACUACAGCCAGUUCUUUGGCAAGAAGCUGAAAGACGGUCUGAAAUAUAAGCUUGGUACAUUCCCACUUAGUCCAGAGACAAAACGUAUGGGUGCGAUCCGAUACGACAAGAACAUUCCCUACCCUGAAAACUUCGAUGCUCGUCGACGCUGGCCCAACUUCAUCUCGCCCAUUGUAGACCAGGGCUGGUGUGGUUCGGAUUGGGCUGUUUCUAUUGCUGGAGUUGCUUCUGACAGAUUCGCGAUCCAAUCGAACGGCGCUGAGAACAUGGUGCUCAGUCCUCAGACGUUGCUGUCUUGUAACAUUCGUCAGCAACAGGGCUGCGCUGGCGGCCAUAUUGAUGUUGCGUGGAACUUCGCGAGAGGACACGGGCUAGUAGACGAAAACUGCUUCCCCUACAAAGCGGCAGUAACCCGCUGCCCCUUCAAGCCCAAGGGCACAUUGAUAACCGACGGGUGCCGACCGCGCGCGCCUCGCACGUCACGCUAUAAGGUCGGCCCUCCCGGCCGUCUUAACACUGAAGCUGAUAUUAUGUAUGAUAUUAUGGAAUCUGGACCAGUACAAGCGGUGAUGACAGUGUACCAAGAUUUCUUCCAUUACCGCGACGGUAUCUACCGUCGCAGCCGGCACGGUGACAGCAUGCUUCAGGGACGCCACAGCGUGAGGAUCGUGGGAUGGGGUGAGGAGCGUGGCGAUAAGUAUUGGACCGUAGCAAACAGCUGGGGCACAGAGUGGGGUGAAAAUGGUUACUUCCGCAUUGCCCGUGGCAACAACGAGUCCGGCAUCGAGUCCUUCGUUGUAACCGUCCUCAGUGACGUCACCGAGGCGAACCAGAGGAAAUAACAGAGGACCCACCUCAUCAGUCCCCUGUGCGUCAUUACCAAGGCCGUGAAAACAGCCAGGGGACUGAUACUGUUGAACAGUACGAGAAACUUCGGGUGAGAUCUGGUUCGCGUUGUGAUAUUUUAGGUUAGGUUGUACUGUAUUAGAUUCUGGUUCUGUGUAGCUUUUGUAUUCGAAAUUGUUACUACUGGUAAUGUUGAAAUUUUAUAUGAUUUGGGUUUUGAAAUAAAUGCGAACGAUAGAAAUAAGGACGAUCAAUGUAUUUAUCGAAUAAAUACUUGCAUUUUACAUGGUUAGGUGGUAAAUAAAAUGCAAUCCAAAACAAUAAUUUGUAAUGAUAUAAGCUAGUGCCUAUAAAUAUUGUAUUGUUAUUCUACACCAGUGUCUAGAAAUAAUAGUAGUCACACUGCCUUGUCUUCUUACUGCCCACUAUAGUAUAUUUAGAUUAGAUAAUAUGGCUUUAAAUAUAAAAAAUCUGAGUGCCUAUUUUGUAUGAAUGUGUAUGUUGCGUCCACACGGUAUCAAUUAAAAAAAAUUCAAGUUGGUAAUUAAUCAAGUGAGAAAAAAGACAGUCGAACAAUUAUUAAAAUAAAUAUCAUUUGUAAUUUGUGUUAGAUGCGAGAUUUUUAGAAGGGGAUAAAUUUUUUGGCAGUUUGCACCGUGUGGUCGAAACAUUAUUUAAUUUUUUAAAUAGUCAACGCAAAGAAAAAUGCACUUAAAAAACCAUGUUUUUAAUGUAAGCGGAGAUAUUAAAAGCGAAUGUAUGUUAAGCUAGUUUAUGUCCGACAAAUUUGUCUAAAUUAAAAAAUGUAUACGUUUAGAUCAAGUUACUUACGUAGUUUAUAAUGAGUAAAAUAUUUUUAAAUUUUCCAGUUAUC